AUGUCUAGAGUAUUCAAAUCUUUUGAUACUGAGAUUGCUGAGAACUUAAACUCAAAUGAUAAACAAGAUAAACAAGAUCAAAAAGAUAAACAAAAGACAACAGAACAACAACAACAACAAUCACAAUCAAAAAAGAACAAAAGUGCUAUUAAAAAACAAACAUUUGAUGAAUUAUAUGGUGAACCUGAAAACUUCUUAGAAAUUGAAGUAAGUCGAUUGAUAAUUAUUAUUCCUAAAUUACAAAUUACUAAAACAUUUACAGGUCCGUAA